GUCUUUUCUCUUUUCACUCUCUCUCUCAUACAGAAAGCUUUAUCACGUGUGGCCUUAAACUUGCAGCAAACUGCAAAGAAAUGGCUCCAAAGCUUCAGCUCUUUCUGUGCCCUGGGAGCUGAGAUGCACGUCAGUGGCUUUGCCAGCGUGGCCUGUUCUUUGCAGACUGCCAGAGAAAAGAGGCCAGGAGGAAAGAGGAAAGAGUCGAAAUUGCCCAGGGGUGAGACCAUGCCCUUCAUCUCUUCUUUCCCCUAAUUUGCUCUGUCUGUGUCCAUCCAGGCUCUCCCCACCUGGCAUAACUGCUCAGAGCUGCUGUAGAAUUCACCCCAGUUUCCUCUCUCAGCCUGUGGAGUGGGGUCCAGCCUCUCCCUGAGCACGCUGAGAGGAACUGGCCGUCUUUGAUCUCCACCUCCAGGAUCAGAGUCAAGGAAUAUUUCCAUAAUGGACACUUCAUCCAAAGAAAAUAUCCAGUUGUUCUGUAAAAGUUCAGUGCCACCUGUUGGGCAACAUUCCUUUAAAAUGGAAUAUUCUUCCUCAAAGGAGAAGCAAGGAUGCUGUGGCGAACUGAAGGUAUUUUUGGGUGCCUUGUCUUUCGUCUACUUCGCUAAAGCAUUGGCAGAAGGCUAUCUGAAGAGCACCAUCACUCAGAUAGAGAGAAGAUUUGAUAUCCCUUCUUCACUGGUGGGAGUUAUUGAUGGUAGUUUUGAAAUUGGGAAUCUCUUAGUUAUAACAUUCGUAAGCUACUUUGGAGCCAAACUUCACAGACCAAAAAUAAUCGGAACAGGGUGUCUAAUCAUGGGAGUUGGAACAUUGCUUAUUGCACUGCCUCAGUUCUUCAUGCAGCAGUACAGAUAUGAAAAGUAUUCUCCUUUCUCUAAUUCUACUCUCAGCCUCUCUCCAUGUCUCUUGGAGUCAGACAGUCAGUUACCUCUCUCGGUUAUAGAAAAACCACAAUCCAAAAGAAAUGUUGAAUGUGAAAUGGAUGCCAGCUCUUCCAUGUGGGUUUAUGUUUUCCUGGGGAACCUUCUUCGUGGAAUGGGGGAAACUCCGAUUCAGCCUCUAGGCAUCGCCUACCUUGAUGAUUUUGCCAGUGAAGAUAAUUCUGCUUUCUAUAUUGGGUGUGUACAGACGGUUGCAAUUAUAGGACCGAUCUUUGGCUUCCUGCUAGGCUCACUAUGUGCCAAACUGUAUGUUGACAUUGGCUUUGUAAACCUAGAUCACAUAACCAUUACUCCAAAGGAUCCCCAGUGGGUAGGAGCCUGGUGGCUGGGUUACCUAAUAGCAGGAAUUGUAAGUCUUCUCGCAGCUCUGCCUUUCUGGUGUUUACCAAAAAGUCUUCCGAGACACCGAAGUAAAGAGGAUUCCAGUUCCUCCUCUGAGAAAUCCAAGUUUAUUAUGGACGAUCAUACAGACUACCAAACAUCCCUUGGAGAGAAGUCAAAAAUAAUGGAAAUGGCAAGAGACUUUCUUCCGUCACUGAAGAAUCUCUUAGGAAAUCCACUGUACCUGCUGUAUUUGUGUGCCAGCACGGUUCAGUUCAAUUCUUUGUUUGGAAUGGUGACCUAUAAACCCAAGUACAUCGAGCAGCAGUAUGGGCAGUCAUCCUCCAAAGCCAACUUUGUUAUCGGACUCAUCAACAUACCUGCAGUGGCCCUUGGAAUAUUCUCUGGGGGGAUAGUUAUGAAAAAGUUCAGAAUCAAUGUGUAUGGAGCUGCAAAACUCUACUUGGGAUCGUCUGUUCUUGGAACCAAACCUGUCUCUUAUCAUGAACGAGCUCUCUUUUCAGAUUGCAACUCAAGAUGCAAAUGUUCAGAGACAAAAUGGGAACCUGUGUGUGGUGAAAAUGGAAUCACAUAUGCAUCGGCAUGUCUUGCUGGUUGUCAAACCUCCACCAGGAGUGGAAAAACUCUUAUAUUUUAUAACUGCACCUGUGUGGGGAUUGCAGCCUCAAAGUCAGGAAAUUCCUCAGGCAUGGUGGGCAGGUGUCAAAAAGAUAAUGGAUGUCCCAAAAUGUUUCUGUAUUUCCUUGUCAUUUCAGUCAUCACGUCCUAUACUUUAUCUCUAGGUGGCAUACCUGGAUACAUACUGCUUCUGAGGUGCAUUAAGCCACAACUUAAGUCUUUUGCCCUGGGUAUCUACACCUUAGCAAUAAGAGUUCUUGCAGGAAUCCCAGCUCCUGUGUAUUUUGGAAUUUUGAUUGACACUUCAUGCCUCAAAUGGGGAUUUAAAAGAUGUGGAAGUAGAGGCUCCUGUAGAUUAUAUGAUUCAAAUGCUUUCAGACAUAUAUAUCUGGGACUUACUGUGAUGCUGGGUACAGUGUCCAUUUUCCUAAGUAUUGCAGUACUUUUCACUUUAAAGAAAAAUUGUGUUUCAAAACAUAGAAGCUUCAGAACCAAGACAGAAGGAACAAUGGUAUCUACAAGAAUCAGGAAGGAAAAUUGUACUACAAGUGAUCAUUUGCUACACCCCAGCUGCUGGCCAGGCAAGGAAACACAGCUUUAGAAAAAUGAUGACUUGAAGCCAUGUUUUCUAAUUUCUGGAAAUUCUGCAAACAAAUAGAUUUUAAUCAAAGGAGUUUUUAAUGUGUCCUUUUUUUUCUCCUUUCAAAAUAUGUCUUUGACUCUAAGUAUGAGAUAAUGUACCUAAUAACAAAUAAAAUUAAACAUAUUACAGAAAAUACAGAUAAUAAAGCUAAUCCAAACCUUUUAUUUCUUCCUUAUAUUAUUUAUAUAAAUUCCACAUAUUAUUUACUCAUUCUGCUUAAUUUUGCUUUGCGCCCGUUAUCUAAUAGCUGUAUUGCUAGAACAAUUGUCCUGAUAGUCUAAUGGCUAUACAUAGAGUAAUUUUUAAACUGAAAUACUUGUCAAGGGGAAGAGAGUCCAUUAAAAAAUUAAAUUAUAUCUUGGCCUCCUUCAAAUAUGACCUUAAUGAAGAUGUUGGAAUAGAGCCAGAAUAUGUAGAGAGAGAUUUCAUUUUAAGCUCUUCCUUUCUUUUGGACUUUAGUAAUUGGCACAGAAAUAUAUAGUGGCAAAUGAUCUUGGAGGAUUCAAAUUUUGGAUUAUUAGCUCUUCUGCCAUCCAUUAUAUGUGCAUUGUGUGUGACACCUGAAGUGACCAUAAUGAUAAAGUAUAAAAUUAUUAUUACCAU